AUGAAACCACUCUCUUUACCAGACAAGAACAAACUAGCUGCUGCAUAUGGUCAUGCCCUGAGAGCAAUCACUGCAUUGCUCACACGGGCGGGCGUCUUCCUCAUCUCUCUUGGUGUUGACGGUCAUGCCGUGUCGAGGGGCAUCGCCAGUCUUACUGAUGCAUUGACAGAGCUGCAGGGGACAGUUAUAAGGAUAGAAGACUGGAUCGAAUGCAUGGCAAAUAGCCAGACUGCCCAGGCGAAUCCGGUAGAAGAUAGGGAAACUGUGAAGCAUGACAUGACCUCACCUUGCACCCCACCACGCAGCACUCACCUGAGUCAAUCUCCGUGUAUGGGACCUACCUCCGCCUCGCCCAGCCCCGCAGCCCCAUCCCGAGCAUCUACACCGUGGUUGGCGUUUCCGCAAUCUUCACCUCAAGUCACGUCGCUGUUUCAACGUGACAUUCAAAACACUCCUCUAGCCAUUCGAAAUGCGCCCGCUCUCUUCAAUCACAUGCGGGCAGUACCUAUAUACCAAACACCUCGCACGCUUGGUGUCUUCGGAAAUACCAUGACCUCCCGUGCAACGACGCCACUUGCAUACGGAGUACAUCAUCCUUCCAUCGAUACUCCUCGCUCAAUCCCUUCAUUCUGGCGACCGGCACCAAAGGCACAUGCGAUCAAACUGAUGAUACCAGACAGUGCGAGGCAUAGAAAGAAGCCUGGUAAAGAAAACGAGGGAGAAGUACCAAACGCCUCUGCAGUGACCAUGUCAACACCACCACCCUUUGUGUAA